AUGCUUGGAGUUGUCGAAUCGCCGGCCCUUAUAGGUCUGGUGCAGCCGACUCCGCAGCCUGGACCUGCAGCGGGGUAUGAAAGUUCAGAUGUGCAAACCGAGCUGGAAAGCUGGCAUCGAAUCCUACUGAACGACCUCCAACUCGAUUCACAAUCACCGAUCGUUACGAUGGCUUCGAACCGAGACUCGCUGAUAUCUUCCGCCGUUGGCUUCCUCCAGGACCCCACGGUAGCAAGCUCACCGCUCGCCAAGCGGAUUGCCUUUCUAGAAUCCAAAGGCCUAACUUCUUCUGAAAUUGAGGAAGCCCUCCGGCGUGCUUCGAGUCUCGGUACAACCCAAAACGCAUUCGCUGCUGGAUAUCGGGGACCCUAUCAAGCUGAUCGUGAUGCUACAGACUGGCGAGAUUGGUUUGUGAUGACUGUGAUUGGUGGUGGUGUGGGCUACUUACUCAUCAACCUUGCGAAAAAAUUUCUCAUUCCGGCUUUGAAACCUCCGACACAAACAGAGCUCGAAGAGGCACAAGCUAGACUUGAACAGAAAUACGAUGAAGUCACUGGGAUCUUGCAGACGAUCCAAUCCGAUACGGAGAUUGUGAAGAAGGAAAUGACGGAACAGGCGGAGAAGCUCGGUCUAGCGAUGAAGGAGGUUGAAUCGGCAGUCGAGGAAUGCUUGUCAGGGGAAAUUCAGAGAGAUCAAGAGCUACAUAGCGUUCAACAGGAGGUCGAAGGGCUGCGGACAUCUGUUCAACAGAUGAUCCAAUCGAAUAAAGAAGCGCAGACAGCUGCUAUCGUUGAUUUGCAAACGGAGCUCAAGUCGCUGAAAUCGAUUAUGAUGACUGCCCGGCCUGUAGGUUCCUCGAACCUUCCAGGAUCUCCAACCAAUGGGAUCUCGUCUCGCUCGCCCCAGAACGGAACAGGGCUGAACUCAUUCGGCAUCCAGCCUCAAGCCAACUCGCUCUCUAAAUUCAAUACGACCCGACCCGUUGGAAUUCCUGCAUGGCAGCUAGCCUCCGGAUACAACACCACCCCGACUAGCCAGACUGCCAAUGGGGAUCCUAUCUCUGGCUCGACUACGACACCCUCAGCAUCUGGGUCGUCUCCCCAGACCAAGACGCUUAGCUACAGCAAUGGAAACGCGACAGUGAACCUGGAUGAUCCCAACCGAUCAGGGGCGGCGACACCGGAACUCAGUAGUAGUCGGCAGAGCUUGGUGGAUGAUGAUGAGGGCCACAUUAUCAAUAGUAAAUAUACAACAGAUGAUAAGAAUCAGUCUCAUACUGAGUCGGUCAAGGCUCCAGUAGAUGGUCUUCUGAGCUAG